AGUCCAGCUCCUUACUGUCGCGCUUUGGCGGGGCGCCCUCUAGAAACUACGUAUCCCGGCAUGCCACCGUCGUCGACGCUCUCUCGCGGGCACUACAUUUCCCAGGAGGCACGCUGCUGCACCGCGGUGAUUAGUGGGAUGGGAACCACGCAGCCGCCUCCCAGCCUCGGCGCGACGAGGAGGGAAGCGCGGACCUUUCAACAAGAGCUUUAUUAAUUCUCGCCGCUAGGAUCCUGGGGGGCGAUGGAGGUGGCCGCUAAUUGCUCGCUGCGGGUGAAGAGACCCCUGUUGGAUCCCCGCUUCGAGGGUUACAAACUCUCCCUCGAGCCGCUGCCCUGUUACGAGCUGGAACUAGAAGCAGCUGUGGCAGAAGUAAAACUUCGAGAUGAUCAAUACACACUGGAACACAUGCAUGCUUUUGGAAUGUAUAAUUACCUUCACUGUGAUUCAUGGUAUCAAGACAGUGUCUACUACAUUGAUAACCUUGGAAGAAUUAUGAAUUUAACAGUGAUGCUGGACACUGUCUUAGCAAGACCACGAGAGGUAUUUCGACUUCCUACAGAUUUGACAGCGUACGAUAAUCGCCUUUGUGCAUCUAUCCAUUUCACAUCUUCUACCUGGGUCACCUUGUCAGAUGGAACUGGAAGAUUGUAUCUCAUUGCAACAGGCGAACGUGGAAAUAAUGCUUCUGAAAAAUGGGAGAUUAUGUUUAAUGAAGAACUAGGGAGUCCUUUUAUCCUAAUCCACAGCAUCUCAUUGCUGAAAGCUGAAGAACAUUCAGUAGCUACCCUGCUUCUUCGAGUGGAGAAAGAAGAAUCGGACAUGAAAGGAAGUGGUUUCUUUGUUUCCUUGGAGUGGGUCACUAUCAGUAAGAAAAAUAAAGAUAAUAAAAGAUAUGAAAUUAUUAAACGUGAUAUUCUCCGUGGAAAGUCAGUGCCCCAUUAUGCUGCUAUUGAGCCGGAUGGGAAUGGUCUAAUGAUCGUCUCCUACAAGUCCUUCACAUUUGUUCCAGUUGGUCAAGAUGUUGAAGAAAAGAAAGAUGAAGAAAUGUCAGAUAAAAUCAAAGAGCCUCUGUAUUACUGGCAACAGACUGAAGAGGAUCUGACUGUCACCAUACGGCUUCCAGAAGAUAGUUCUAAGGAGGACAUUCAAGUACAGUUUUUGCCCGAUCAUGUUAACGUUGUGCUGAAGGGUCAGAAGAUUUUGGAAGGAAAUCUCUAUUCAUCUGUUGAUCAUGAAAGUAGUACAUGGAUAAUUAAAGAAAAUAAUAGCGUGGAGAUUUCCUUGAUUAAGAAGAAUGAAGGACUGACUUGGCCAGAGCUAGUAGUUGGUGAUAAGCAAGGGGAAUUUAUAAGAGACCCAGCCCAAUGUGCUGCAAUAGCUGAACGGUUGAUGCAUUUGACCUCUGAACAACUGAAUCCAGAUCCUGAUAAAGGAAAACCUCCUUGUAAUGCUCAAGAGUUAGAAGAAUGUGAUAUUUUCUUUGAAGAGAGUUCCAGUUUGUGCAGAUUUGAUGGCAAUACAUUAAAAACUACUCAUGUGGUGAAUCUUGGAAGCAACCAGUACCUCUUCUCCGUCACAGUGGACCCUAAGGAGAUGCCCUGCUUCUGUCUGCGCCACGACGUGGACGCCCUGCUCUGGCAGCCGCACUCCAGCAAACAGGACGAGAUGUGGGAGCACAUCGCCACUUUCAAUGCCUUAGGCUAUGUCCAAGCAUCAAAGAGAGACAAAAAAUUUUUUGCCUGUGCUCCGAAUUACUCCUAUGCAGCCCUGUGUGAGUGCCUGCGUCGAGUGUUCAUCUACCGUCAGCCCACUCCCAUGUCCACUGUACUUUACAACAGAAAGGAAGGCAGGCAAGUCGGACAGGUUGCUAAGCAGCAAGUAGCAAGCCUAGAAACCAAUGAUCCUAUAGUAGGUUUUCAAGCAACAAACGAGAGAUUAUUUGUACUGACCACCAGAAACCUCUUUCUAAUAAAGGUGCAAACGGAGAACUAGUUACUCCACCAUGCUGGCUCCUCUGUGCUGGGGAGUAGGUGUCAGUGGUAGGGAAGGCUGGGCAGUUACUGUAACCGGUUAAGUUUUCAUAUGUUAAAAAAAUGAUGUUGUAUUUUAUUUUUAAAAAGAUAUUGGAAGUAUAUCCAAGAGAUUAUGAUUCUAUAAAAGCUAUGGAAUGAAGCUGAAAAUUUAGAGAAAUUGGCUUCUGUAAAAAACGUAGAUACCAUUAGCAGUGUAAUUAUUUUUUAAAAGCAAAAGCUAGAAUCUUUUAUAUGAAAAAAUGUACAAUUCAGUGUUUUAAAAAUAAAAAUAUUUAUCGUGUACUCUUUGUUUAUUGACAUCAUUUCUAUGUUCUGUACCUAUAGAAUGUAUAGGAUAAUAGUAAAACUAUUGAUGCCUGUAAAUAAUUAAAUGAACUUAAUAGCUGAGUUAGAAGGUGAAAUAUAAGAGAAGUCUAAGCAGAUCCUAAUAUUCUUAAGUGUGUUUUAAGUCACUAAAUUUGUGGUAAUUUGUUAGUGCAACCAUAGGAAACAAUUUUAUCCCAAAAUUAAUUCAAAAUGGGUCAGAGAUCUAAAUGUAAAGCCUGAAAAAAACUAUGAAACUUCUAAAAGAUAACAAAAGCAAAUCUUUGUAACCCUGGGCGAAAGGUUUCCUGCAUGAGACCAAAAGUGAGAUCCAUGAAUGAGAAAAUUGAAAAACUGAACUUCAUCAAAAGUAAGAAAUUAUGUUCUUAGACAGUUUAGGAGAAUGAAAGACAAGCCGCAUACUAGAAGAAACUUACAAGUGCAUAUCUGAUAAGGAACUAAUAUCCACAAUAUAUAAAGAAUCUUCAAAACUUAGUAAGAAAAUGAUCCAAUGAAUACUUUAAUGGCCCAAAGUAUUAAAGAAACAUCAUCUCAGAUAAAUGAAUGGUAAGUAAGCACAUUAAAAGUUGCUCAACAUCAGUCAUUAGGAAAUUGCAAAAUGAAAGCACAAUGAGACAUUACCACAUAGCUACUGAAAUGCCUCAAAUUUAAGAUUGUUCAUACCAAGUGUUGAGAAGGAUACGGGGCAAUUGGAAUGCUUAUACAUUGCUCGUGGGAAUGUAACAUCGAACCACUUUGGAAAGCAGUUUGAUAGUUUUCUGAAAUGUUUUACACACAUCUGCCAUUUGUGCCAGCGACUCCACUUACCCAGUCUCUUACCCAAGAGAAAUGGAAGUACAUGUUCAUAUAUAACAGCAUUAUUUGUAAUAGCCGAGCCUGGGAGCAAGCAUCAGCAGUUGGUGAGUGGACAAAUACUACUAUGUCGUGAUGUAUCCAUGCAAUGGGCUGUUUCCUGACAAUAAAAAGUAAUCAAGUAUUGAUACCACCAA